AUGAUCUGCACCCCUAGCCGGCAACGAGAUGCUGAAAAAGAGCGAGUCGCGUUCUUCGCCGCAUUGCUUUCUGAACGGGAAUUCCAGGAGUCACGUUUUCUUCAACUACAAUUGGCAUCCUCAAACGCUGAACUGAUCUUCAGUAAAGUGAUGUCUUUCCUUAAUACUGGCGAUUUCGACAUGACCGGCUGCACGUCAGAGCAGAUGUUGGCAGUGGCCAACGAAUGCCAGAUACUCUCACUCCAGGAACGAAGCCGAGAAGGUUUUCAGACGCCGCUGCCUAAGCCUGUAUCUCACUACCCACUGGCUGCCGCUUCGGCUCCACUACCAUGUCCCGUCCCCAUCUUCUCACCCGUUCCGAAUCCAUUCCUUUUGAUGGACUUACAGUCUCAGAUACAUGCUGCCAACCUGCUGCAGAUGAUGAUGACGCAAUUACAUUCCGUCAACCCACCGCAAGAAAUUCUGGACGACAAGGUGGUGUCGAAACAAAAAGUAUAUCGAGAAAACCGACGGCGGUUUCAUGUGUAUGGUAUGCAAAAAGGUCUACGGCCGAUACAAUUCGGUCUCUUAUCACGUGACAAUUUAUCACCGAAACCCUCCGAUCAAGAGUCACGUUUUCUUCAACUACAAUUGGCAUCCUCAAACGCUGAACUGAUCUUCAGUAAAGUGAUGUCUUUCCUUAAUACUGGCGAUUUCGAUAUGACCGGCUGCACGUCGGAGCAGAUGUUGGCAGUGGCCAACGAAUGCCAGAUACUCUCACUCCAGGAACGAAGCCGAGAAGGUUUUCAGACGCCGCUGCCUAAGCCUGUAUCUCACUACCCACUGGCUGCCGCUUCGGCUCCACUACCAUGUCCCGUCCCCAUCUUCUCACCGUUCCGAAUCCAUUCCUUUUGA